GGGGCGUCCACAGGAUCUACCACAGCAAGACGAAGGUCGGGAAGUACCGGCUGCAGGAGCAGCAGGAGCGGCGGCGGCGGCAGAUGGAGAUGGGGCAGGCGGGACCCCCGGGCUGCUCCCGGGAGGUGGCCGCGCUCAACGGCUCCGCUCCCGACGCUCCCGGGGCUCCCGGGGCUCCGUAGGCGGGAGGAGGAGGCGGUGGAGGGGCUGGAAGCCCCCUGCCCAUCCCGGGACGGGACCCGGGGAGGGGACGGUGACGGUGGGGAUGGUGACAGCGGGAGCCGCGGCGGGGUGGUGGCUCUGCAGGGGGACCGUCCCCGGGACAGAGGUGGCAGCUCCCAGGCCGGGAUGUGCCGGGCCGGGAGGGGCAUCCCGGGAAGUUGGGAUGGUGAGAUCCCACCGACCCCCCCCGUGUCCUGGAUCUCCGGGGAUCUCCAGGGAUGGCUCCAAACUUUACCCCUACCUGGUUUUUGGGUGGCCGGAGCCCCCUGCCAGGGUGACACCAGAGGGGCUCGGAGCUCCAGGUGGGACACGUGGGUGAAAUCCCGGGAUUUCGGUGCCGGCAGGAGGGCGAGGAGCCGGAGAGGAGGGAUGUGAAGCCACCAGAAAGGGUGGAAGCUGCUGUUGUUCUGUAAUAAACCCACAAACGCUGUGUGUGACCCGCUGGGCCUGGAUUGGGCCGGGCCACCAGAAUGCCGGGCAUUUUCCGGGCCCCCGGAGCGGGAGCAUGCGCCGCUCCCCACACACCCUGUUCCUUCCUCCCGCCACCAUCAUUUCCUCCGGCCCUGACGAGGCCGCGGGGCCCGAGGGACGCGGGGACAGAGGGGUUGGGGGGCCGGAGGGACUGGGGGGCCCUGCUGGGAUGGGCAGCGGGAUCAGGGGGUGACCGGACCCUGGGUGGGGUGUCCCCAUGUCCCCCCGUUCCGUGCCCGGAGCCGGGAUGGGAUCCAGGAGGGUCCUCCCGGCCUGGGCCCUGCCCGGGCUGCUCCUGCUGCUCUGCGGGCCGUGGGGCUCCUCCUUCGAGCUGUGGACGGAGCCGGAGGUGCUGGUGGUGGAGCACGGGGGGUCCCUGCGGCUGACGCUGAGGGCGACCUGCAACGACUCGGCGGGCUCGGGGGGGAUGGAAACGGCCAACAGCAAACGGGUGGUGUCGGACAGACCGGGGGAGGUGGAGCUGGAGCUGCUCAACGUCACCGAGGGGAGGCCCGUGCAGGUUUAUUACACGUGCGAGGGCAGGAGGGAGAAGAGGGACGUGCGGCUCGUCAUCUACCAUGUCCCCGAGCGGCCGGAGCUGGCCGAGGUGCCCCCGCUGGCCGCGGGGCAGCCGUGGGAGCUGCUCUGUGCCGUGGCCGGGGCCGCGCCCGUGCGGAACCUGACGGUGAGGCUGCGGCGCGGCCGCCGCGUCCUGAGCGCCCGGAGCUUCGAGGGGGCCGGGGCCGGGCCCGGGAGGGUGCAGGUGACCCACGGGGUGACGGCGGCGGCCCAGGACGACGGGCAGAACGUCACCUGCGAGGCGCAGCUCGACCUGUCGCCCUUCGGCCCCAACAUCAGCGUCACCUCCGAGCCCCGCACGCUGCGGGUCUGUGACGUCCCCAAGCCGGUGCUGAACGUGUCCAGCACCACCCCGGCCGCGGGCACGGCGCUCACCGGGCGCUGCUCGGUGCCCCCCGACGCCUGCACCGACUUCCAGGUGCGGAUCCUCCUCGGGAGCCGCGUCCUGGAGGGGUGGGGACCGUCCCCGCGGGACUUCGGCCUGACGGCGGGCGAGCAGCACGACGGGAUGGAGCUGAGCUGCGAGGCCGAGCCCGCCCGGCCCCCCGCGGUCCCCGGGCCCCCCCGGAGGAGCGAUCCCACCCGGAUCUCCGUCCACGGUGAGGGCGCGGCCCCGGCGCCCUGCCCCGGGCAGCAGAACUGGACCGAGGGGCGGGAGGAGACCCUGCGGUGCCGGGCACGGGGCAACCCCCGGCCCGACGUGAGCUGUGCCAGGGACGACGGGCAGAACUUCCCGGCCGGAAUUCCGCGUCCCGUCAGCCGUGAGGACGCCGGCACCUACCGCUGCCGGGCCCGAAACAGCCUGGGCGGGGACGAGAGAAGCGUCACCGUCACCGUCCACUACCAGGACCACAACGUGCUGGUGCCGGUGCUGCUGGGGGUGCUGGGAGUGGUGGUGGUCUCCGCCUUGGCCUGGGGCGUCCACAGGAUCUACCACAGCAAGACGAAGGUCGGGAAGUACCGGCUGCAGGAGCAGCAGGAGCGGCGGCGGCGGCAGAUGGAGAUGGGGCAGGCGGGACCCCCGGGCUGCUCCCGGGAGGUGGCCGCGCUCAACGGCUCCGCUCCCGACGCUCCCGGGGCUCCCGGGGCUCCGUAGGCGGGAGGAGGAGGCGGUGGAGGGGCUGGAAGCCCCCUGCCCAUCCCGGGACGGGACCCGGGGAGGGGACGGUGACGGUGGGGAUGGUGACAGCGGGAGCCGCGGCGGGGUGGUGGCUCUGCAGGGGGACCGUCCCCGGGACAGAGGUGGCAGCUCCCAGGCCGGGAUGUGCCGGGCCGGGAGGGGCAUCCCGGGAAGUUGGGAUGGUGAGAUCCCACCGACCCCCCCCGUGUCCUGGAUCUCCGGGGAUCUCCAGGGAUGGCUCCAAACUUUACCCCUACCUGGUUUUUGGGUGGCCGGAGCCCCCUGCCAGGGUGACACCAGAGGGGCUCGGAGCUCCAGGUGGGACACGUGGGUGAAAUCCCGGGAUUUCGGUGCCGGCAGGAGGGCGAGGAGCCGGAGAGGAGGGAUGUGAAGCCACCAGAAAGGGUGGAAGCUGCUGUUGUUCUGUAAUAAACCCACAAACGCU